AGCACAGAAAAAGUGGAGUCAUGUAAUAUUGAUGCUUCUAGAGUUGUGCAGGUGCCUUUGGGUAAACGCAGGCGCGCGCUGAACCCGCCGCAUGUGAUUUCCAGCUUCAGUCAUGUUGGCAGCACGAUGCGCGGCGGAGACGGGCGCGGGGCUGUGAAACCGGACCCUCUGCCAAGGAUGUCGACGAACCGGAGUCCCUGGAACCUCAUCCAACCCGGGAUAUAGCCUCUAUAUGGACUGAUAUGUGUUUUUCUGUACAAGUGCGGGUUGCUUUAUCUUUCGUUUUUUUGUUGUUUUCUUUUUUCUUCUUCUUCUCCCCCUGCUGCACACAGUGUAUAGUGGACCUGGAUGCCGUGUGGGCGAAGCAGCCACAAGGGAUAUAUUGUGAUUUGGCGGAGAUGUUUUAGCCAGCGUUGCAUAGAUUAAAAACAAGAAAAGGAGGAGGGAUCAAAUAAGAGAUCGCCACCUGUUACAAGAAAUUCAGACUUCACCUCUGCUGAGGAGCAGCAUGUUACCUUAGUCCCAUCCUCCUUGGUGCUGCAAUACAGCCACAGUUCAGGGACCUUUAGAAGAGAUUCCUUCCUCCAAACGAUAACCUCAAUCUGCUCUCCAGCAUUUGCUCUACUGGGAAUAACGCUGCUUACACAUACACACAGCCAGCAGGACAAAUGACAGAGUUGCUCUGCUGCCGCCCAAAUCUGACAGCCAUGAUCCUAAGAGGCCCCCUGCUACGGCUCAGAUCAGGGAUCAGCUCGCUGCUCGAUGGCUAGAUCUCAACACUUAAGGAGCUGGGGGCCUUUCUGUUGAGAAUCCCUCACUGCAUUGUAGCACAUGGAUUUCAAGACUGCAAAUGAAGAGACAAAGACUGGGAUUUAUUUGAUGCAAGAAGGUAAUGAAGAGCCGUUUAAUAUUCGACUACACUUGGCCAAAGAUAUUCUGACCAUUCAGGAACAAGAUGUCAUCUGCAUUUCAGGAGAACCUUUUUAUUCAAGCGAGAGGACUGUAACGAUCAGACGGCAGACGAUUGGAGGGUUCGGUCUCAGCAUCAAGGGCGGAGCAGAGCACAAAAUCCCUGUUGUGAUAUCAAAAAUAUCAAAAGAACAAAAAGCUGAACUCUCUGGGCUACUUUUCAUCGGAGACGGCAUCCUUCAGAUAAAUGGAAUAAAUGUCAGAAGCUAUCGCCACGAGGAAGUGGUGCAGGUUUUGAGAAACGCAGGUGAAGAGGUAACUCUGACGGUGUCCUUCCUGAAGAAGACUCCAGCCUUUUUGAAGCUGCCGUUGUGUGAAGACUGCACAUGCAUCCCCAGCGACCAGAGUAGUGGGACAUCAUCUCCUCUGUGUGACAGUGGCCUGCACUUGAACUACCACCCCAACAACACGGACACGCUGUCCUGCUCGUCCUGGCCCACUUCUCCAGGGCUUCGCUGGGACAAGAGAUGGGUGGACCUGCGCCUUAUUCCUCUGUUACACUCACGCUUGUCGCAGUACAUCCCUGGCUCUGACGUCUGCAGGAAAAAUGCUUUCCAGGUCAUAGCUGUGGAUGGAGUUUGCAGUGGAGUGAUACAGUUUCCCACUGCUGAAGACUGCUUGGACUGGCUUCAGGCAAUAGCGAGCAACAUUUCCAGUCUCACCAAGCACAAUGUGAAGAAGAUUAAUAGGAAUUUUCCAGUGAACCAGCAGAUCAUCUACAUGGGCUGGGUCGACGAGAAGGAGCAGGACUCUGUUCAAGAUCGGAUGUACUCACCAAAGUUCCUCGCUCUGAGGGGUUCCUCACUCUUCAAGUUCACGGCUCCUCCCGUGACGACAUGGGACUGGACCAGAGCGGAGAAAAGCUUUACCGUGUAUGAAAUAAUGUGCAAAAUUUUAAAGGACAGUGACCUUUUGGACAAAAGGAGGCACUGCUUCAGUGUUCAGACAGAGAGCGGGGAAGAUAUGUUCUUCAGCGUGGAGCUGGAAUGCGAACUGCUGAUCUGGGAAAAGGCUUUUCAGAUGGCCACAUUCCUGGAGGUAGAGAGGAUACAGUGUAAAACGUAUGCUUGCAUAAUGGAGAGCCACCUCAUGGGACUUACGAUUGACUUCAGCAUGGGCUUUGUGUGCUUCGAUGCUGCUUCAAAGCAAAACCUUCCACACUGAUGAGCGUUACUUUCAGCGCAACAUUCACUGACCGGUAAAAAAAAGUUUGGAUUUUUAGCUUCCGCCUGUUCUGAUCAGGUUGUCUGGUCAAGCAUAUAAUCGGCUAACUCCGGUUACCAGCCAAGGCAUUCCUCUAUCAUGCCUUCAAAUAUGGAAGAGCCGUCUCCUCAGUGGAAGUGUUGCCUACAGUUGGAUGAAACUAAUCGUGAUGCCUCGGCUUCCUCUUUUCAUUUUUUUAUUUUUUUAUUUUGUUGCUGCUUACUUAAUCUGCUCACGGUGCAUUUUAGGAGUGUGUGCACAUUUGUUUUGACGGCUGGACCCCCAAAGCCAAAACCUCUUACUGCAGCAUACAGUUCAUUUUGGCCUUUCCCCAAGUCUGACAGCCAUGCAUACUACUCCACUGGUGCACAUUAUGUUGAUGAGAAGGAGACAAGCACUGCCAUAUUGUUCUCUAAGAUUUUGGCUCUAAUUUCAGCAUUGCGUGGCAACAAUGUUCCCUAAGCAUGAUAAUAUUCUUGCCAGACUAUUGUUUAUAGAGAUAAAUGCACCCAGCACAAUCCAUAUGCAAACUGCAAUUGCAGGCAAUAAGGAAUGGGAUUAUUCCGUAAUUAAAAACUGCUUUUGGCAAGUUUGAAAAAGAAAACAUUCUGCUUUCUGUCAAAAACCAACCAAAAUGUAACUGUUUGACAGAUAGAUCUGUAAUCUUUGGGCUCAAGAUACAAACAGAUCUUCUUCCAUCCUUGCAGUACUGUUUCCAUAUGGUCAACAUGCAAAACAAAGAUAACACUGGAUAAAAUAUUUAUGGUUAAUCUCCACGACCAUCUAUCUGCCAGUGUUUACGUUUGGAGUUGUUCCUCUCAUGUCUGCGGUUUUCUUUGACUGUUCACACACGAGAGUCAAGUAAACGCACCUAUGACCUUUCAAAAAUGAGCACACAGUGGGUGGAUGGAUGACUCAUUCCAUGUAUAUGGUACUUACAACUGUUUAAUAUGUUGCGUACAUUAAAUAAGUAAACUGGAACAGAUAUAUACAGUUAUGUGCAGAACCCUUUAAUCAGAAUUGUUUUGUAUCUGAUGCCAAUCGGACAGGCCAGUCUCAAUAUGCUACUUCAACGCAAUAUGCUUAUAUUCUUGUAGACCUCCUAAAACUCUUCUUGAACAUUUAAUGUGGAGUAAAAUGUUCCCCAAUGGAAAAUUUGAUUGUAGCAGGAUGGUAAAUAAUUUCUUCACUUGUUAAAUGGUUUAUAUAGCAUGACUUUUCUACUUUGAAGUAGUAUACAGUGUAAUAAUUAUAUUAAA